CAUUGGAAAAAUACUGGCUGACUGUGUUUCUGGCGUUGACGAGCGCAUCAAGACUGACUUGCUCAACUUCUUUCUUGGUGGACUGGCCCAGAUCAUUGCAAUGAACGACAAUGAAAUUAAAGCCAUCAUAACAGAUCUUUCCAACAAGACAUGGAACUCUCAUGUGCAAGUUAUGCGUGCCAGGACAGGUACCACUGCUUUGAUAGCUCUAAUCAGCUCAUAAUUUGUCGUCGAAUAGUUCUCGGUACACGGGACUUGAUUGGGCGACAGUCUGUCAAGGUACUCAGUCCAUAUCAUAAUUGCUGCAACGAUGCAGAGGCAGAUCGCGUUAGAGCUGAGCAUCCCGGUGAAAUUGAGUGCAUACACAAGUAUAGAACGCUGGGUCUGAUCACUCUGACUCGUGGUGAGCCCUUUUUAUUACCCAUGAGUCGUGUUUAUGUCUAUGCUCCUCUAGCCAUAGGCGACAUGCCUUUUGAGCUCCCGGAUAUCUAUACCCAACGCGUUCUCGCUCUAGCCACACCGCCUUUUCAUCCAAAUUACACACUCGACAGGUUCAUGGCGCGAAACCUUACGCCACCUUAUCUCUCUAACCAGGUGGACAUUGUUCACGUUUCCCUUGAUCAGCCCAGCGUACGUAUCCUUUCCAUUAUAAACUGUGCUCGAAAGGGGAGCGGCAAUCUGGCUCUCGAUCUUCUGUGGAAUACAUUGGGUGGAGAUGGCGAAGUAAACUUGGACAGCUUGAUGGCGCGGGCACAGUUCGGCCAAAGAGUCGACGACACCACCAUCGUUAUUCUUCCUCUGUGACUACUCUAGAGAGUAUAUGACCUUGCUGACAUGGGUCUUCCUGUCUUCUUUUCUCUUGUUCCUAUGUACUGCGAUAUCAGCGCAAGGCUGAUCUUGGAAACUGAUGCAUUUAUUUUGAUUAUGGACGGGCAUGAAGUAAAAACCUACAACCCGACCGAGGUCUACUAGUAUGCCAUGCAUAGCGUACGGAUGCACAACUCAAGUACCAGGACAGCGUAGUAAAUAGCCUGUCUGAAGGAGUUCACGAGCGCCUAUUCGAAUAAACUGC